CACGUUUGUUGAACAAGAAGUUUAGUUAGUUUAGUUGGUGGUGUCAUUCUGUCAACGUUUGUGUUCAUUCAGACCGUAGAUGAUUUCUACAACGACCAGGCAGUAGUGCUGGGAAAGUUGGAUUUGGACAACAAGGAGAGUGUACAAUUAAUUUACUGGUGCUCAGAUGAAGUUAGUGAGGUAAAGAUAAUAAUUGUUGUCCAGGCUGCACUACCGGUUGACCUGAACCUUCUAGCAUGCUGUUUGGAAUAUUCAUCAGAGCAGAGAAUCGUUUGGAGAAGUUUGGCUAGCUCCGCAAGGGGAUGUCUUGGAGGACACCCAAUCUCUGCCGUCGUCGUUGCUCCUUUGUACUUUCUUCUCUCCUCCUAUUAUUUUCCUACCAAUGUUUCGCCACUAUUCAUGUCUCGAGCACCGAAUGUUCCCUGAAGGACAUUAUUCGAGUAGAUGUGGACGACUUGGCAAGCGCCCGCAGCGGUAGCCUUGAGCACAUCCGAGAAGCGAGUGACGGCCAGCAAACACCGACAUGUUCACUUGGUGUUCGCCAAUGGCAUAUUCUCGGUGACUCUUCAAGCUCUUCUAGUGUUGUCGUCAAUCUGAACAUCAGACACUUCAAGUCGCUGUGCACUGAGGGCUAUCUCUAUGUGUAUGAUGGAGCUACUGAGGAGUCACCAAUGCUGUUCGUCACCGUCGGCGGAGAUGACAACAGCACUUCGAAAGGGAUUGUGUCAGCAACAUCAGGAUCGAUGCUCAUUUCCCUGUACGUCUCCGGACAGAGCACGUUCAGUGCAUCGUACAGCGUUGACAGCUGCACACAACAGUGCUUAGAGCAUGGUAGCUGCAACAAAGAUGGAUCUUGCGGACCGUGUCAUUCAGGCUGGACUGGCGAGUUCUGCGGUGUGCUGCGCUGUCCAAGGGACUGCCACAGCUCCAAAGGGCAGGGAGAGUGCAACAUGAACACCGGAUUGUGUGAAUGCCACCGCGGGUACAGUGGCGACGAGUGCAGUUUCCCAUCCAACAUCACUGCACUGUCCCUGGCUGGACGCGUCAAGGCGUAUGUUCUGACGUCCGGCUCGGCUGCGUUCCCGUCUCGUUCCGGGCAUUCAUCUGCAAUGACCACGCAGGAUGGGUAUAGUUUACUCUGGGUCUUUGGCGGCCACAGCGGGCAGAGCGUUCUUGAUGACUUGAUAGUAUACGACUUCAGGACCAGUGAAUGGCGACAUGUGAACACCUCCCACAGCAAAAAACGUCCUGCUGGGAGAUACCAACACACCAUGACUGCUGUGGGCAAUACUCGUCUCUAUGUGUUCGGCGGUGAGCUGCAGAGUGGGGUACGAGUAAAUGAAAUGUGGAUGUUUGAUAUCACCAGUCGCGAGUGGAGCCAGCUUGAAAGUAAUGCUGCCGAGCCGCUCAGUUUGCACUCAAUGUGUCUAAAUCAUUCGUCGAUCGUCGUGUUUGGAGGCUACAACUCCUCUGGCGAACUCAGGAAUGUAAUGUACCACUUCGACUCGGCCACCGGUGCAUGGCAUGCGGUGAGAAUUUUGCCCGAGAGCUGGUUUGGCCUGUCGGAACGUUUGCGACUCGCUGGUCAUGCAGCUGUUGUCCAUGAAGAGCUGAACACGAUGGUUGUGUUUGGUGGAUUCGUGGCCACACACAAAAAUAAGCUGGUAACGUCACCUGGCCUAUUCAUGUUUCACCUGACUAGUCACUAUUGGAUGGAACUACCCCAGUCAAGCUCUUCUGCAUCACUGGCCGCUGGCCGUGCCUUUCACUCAGCCACAGUCUUCGGGAAAUACAUGCUUAUCUAUGGAGGAUUGACUACUGGUGUGCAAGCAUCAAAUCCGUGUUCGGUUUCGGAAAGCCUUCUCAUUUAUGAUUUCACUUGCUAUCGCUGGAUACCCAUGUCAAAACUGCCCAUCAAACGCCGCUCGUUGAACUUGACAUCAUCCCUGCAGCGCUAUGGUCACUCGGCCAGUAAGCUUGGUGAUAAUCGUGUUGUGGUGAUGGGCGGAUUUGCCGAGUCAGCACAGAACGACCUGGUUGCAUUUCAGCUGCCGAGCGCUCUCACCAGCUAUGAUCCUGUGCCAGACUGCUACAGCCGCGGCAAUGUGAGCUCAUGCCUGGAUGCCGUACAGUGUAUCUGGUGUCCGGAAGUGCUCAACGUUACGUCGCUUCCUGCCAAGGCCAGACCAGGCUCGGCGCAGUGCAUUCCGACGGCACUGUCCGGGCGCGUGUGCCUAACACCACUGUCCGAUCUGGGCACAUGUCAUGACCUGUGCAGUUUCCAGCGCUACUGCUCGGAUUGCUUGAAAUGGCGCUCCGGCUAUGACCGCGACAGUCGGCCUGUCUGUUCGUGGUGUUCACAAUACGACUCUACACCUUCAUGCAGACAGGUUGCUCUGCAGCCAAGUAUGUUCUGUGAUCCAGCAAGUCAGUGUGAUGUAGCUGCUGAUCCGAACAGUGCAUUUUCCAGUCCUGUUCACCGGCCUGUCAGUUCAGCAUCAUUCAGCUUCACUAGGCCAUUGUCGCCAACCAGCCCACCUGUCAAGAAAGUGGUGGCGUACGGUGGAAUCAACCCCCUCUCUGUUGGCAAGCACUGCCGUGCUCUCGGAGACAACGGUAGCUGUGUGAACCGGACCGCAAAGGUUCGAAUGUCAGUUGCACAUGGCAGCGUUCGUCUUGACCUGGGCAGCGAAAAAGAUUCUUUGGAAACAGCAGCUUCUGUGACUGCGCUUUCUAAUGUCAGCGAGCCGGUGGAAAGCAUAUUCUUCGUGCACAUUGACGAUGGUUGGGUGUGGCUGCGCGUCGUUGCUGAGUCGGAUCCCAACACUCAGGACCCCGUGUCCGGGGACAUUAAUGUUACUCUGGUACCAGGUGGCCGAAAUUCCAGUCCGGAAGCCCUGGGCGGUGUGCAUUCCUUUAUUGAGGAACCGAGUAUUGUAGCGAAGUCUCCAUCAUCACAGCCCGUGUAUUUCGAUUCAGAUAGUUCCCUGUCAUUGCGUUCCGCGCCUACUGAGCAACGUUUGCCAACUACCGUCCCAGUACCCACCGUGGAUGUUGCUGAUGUUCUCAGCUUCGGUGCUGCAGCUCCUGUUGAGUAUAGCAGUGCUAUACAUGAGCCUGCGGUUAACACGCUGGGUACACUCUCGGCGGUUCCACUGGCGUUCCACUUCUACAGUGAUGCAUGCGGAGCGCACACGGACUGCUCGGCGUGCGUCACCAACAGUUCUUGUGGAUGGUGUGCGCAGAGAGGAACCUGCGUGCACAUGUCCAGCACUCAAAUCGGAUCCUGCCCCGGACCAGCUACAUUCAAUGGUUCCAGCUGGAUUCAGGACUCGGCUAGCUGUCUAUCGUGUCAACAUCGUGAUACAUGCGAUGCUUGUCUGGAUAGCAUAGCAUGUGAGUGGAAUAUGAAUGGAUUCUGCCAAUUGAUCGCACCAGGAACGAUUGGAAGCAUAGUGGCAAGCUCCUCUACUGUCAGGAUGAAGCAAGAAUGUCCUCUUCCUUGUCCUCAACGUAGCCGAUGCGAUGAGUGUAUGCUUGGUGGGUUCGCACGGCCGUGCGUGUGGUGUGUCAGUACGGGCAAGUGUCAUGAUCAGGCCAAGAUGCCACUUGUCAAUGCCUACGGACAGUGUCGCCUCUACUUCUCAAACAGCCCGGACAUGUGCAGGAAUUGCUCGGCACGGACUGUGUGUAGUGACUGCCUUGCCACACCAUCCGCACAGGAUCGUUUCUGCGGCUGGUGCAUGGACGUCAGCGAUCCGCAGAGUGGCAGAUGUAUGCCUGGCAGCUUUGACGGACCAUCCGCCAAUGAAACUUGCGAUAUUUCAUCCAUGGAUACAAGACGUGUACCUGUGUACGCCAACCACACGUGAGUGUGUCAUGUAACCCAUGCAC